CCCACCUCUGCGCUCUGGGACUCCGCCGCCGCAAGCCGGCAAGAUGGCUGCGGCUGGAGCCGGCCGUCUGAGGCGGGCGGCUUCGGCCCUAUUGCUCCGGAGUCCGCGCCUGCCGGCCCGGGAGCUGUCAGCUCCGGCCCGGCUCUACCACAAGAAGGUGGUUGAUCAUUAUGAAAAUCCUAGAAAUGUGGGGUCCCUUGACAAGACAUCUAAAAACGUUGGAACUGGAUUGGUGGGGGCUCCAGCAUGUGGUGAUGUAAUGAAAUUACAGAUUCAAGUGGACGAAAAGGGGAAGAUUGUGGACGCCAGGUUUAAAACAUUCGGCUGCGGCUCCGCAAUUGCCUCCAGCUCGUUAGCCACUGAAUUCCCUAAUGCCUCUCAGGUGGAGGAAGCCUUGACCAUCAAAAACACAGACAUCGCCAAGGAACUCUGCCUUCCUCCCGUGAAACUGCACUGCUCCAUGCUGGCUGAAGAUGCAAUCAAGGCCGCCCUGGCUGACUACAAACUGAAACAGGAACCCAAGAAAGGAGAGGCAGAGAAGAAAUGAGCCAUCGCAAAGCCUUAAAGUCACAUCAGCCAUUUGCCCACCCACCAUGCAGUCACCUUAGACGUUCAGAAGCCCCCGGCACCACAUAAAAGAGCUAUGAGACACGCACAAGGUUUGCUGUUCACAUUGUGACUCUAAUGAAAGCAAAAUACACAGUUUAAUUGUUCCGAAUCCUGCAAUUUCUUUCAGCCCAUGUUAUCGCCUUAACCCAGUUUAUGUAUAUUUUGAAUUGUGUAUGUGGCCUCAGAACUGAAAUCAAUAAUGAAGUCUCAAGUUUUGAUAGCCUGUGAAGUACAUAAAUAUCUUAAUUUUACCUGAAUUGAUUUUGGAGAAAUUACCAGUGGAAUGUCUUAGUGUGAUUAUUUGACAGAACCAGUUAUUGUACAUACAACAGAUCUGCUUAUAUAUAUUAUAAUAAAUAAAAGAAU